UCGAACGGCGCGCGAUGUCCUUCGUGAGUACGAUACCGAGUUUACUCGAGUGUGUGCUGUCUUUUGAAAGGAAACCCAGCAUGGUAUUUUGUUUGUUCAAGUGCAUGUGUACUGGUUGAUCUGUUGUUUGAUAGGCGCGGAUCGUUCGUAGUAGUUUCGAGGUCUUGUCUCGUUUUCAUACGUAUAUCCAUUACAUACGACGAAGCCAAUGCUGGAAUGAAACGCCUCAUUGGAUUUAACGGUUCUUGAGUUACAUGUACCAGAUUUGUAAUGGUUUUUCAAGUUUGUUCAUAUUUAUCUUAGAGGUUUUUAGAAAACAAAGUGAUAAUGAGACAUCAAUUUCGAUUUACCAAUUAGAUCAUUGUGCGAUAUUGAUUCGAAACGUCUUGUUAUUGCUAGAUAUCUAGGUAUUCCAAGACAUUAUCAAGGUCAACUAGUAAACUUGAUAAAUAAGUAGUGACAAAAAACUAGUAUUCCUAAAAUAAUUUCUCAUUCGUAAUCAUUCUGCGAAAAGUACGCUCUUAUGAUGGUUGGUUAUUUAGUUCAAGUACUCUAUAUUUGCAUGUUUUUGCAUGAGAAAAAUACGUGUGUUAUUUGUGUACAUUUUGCGGCUUGUUUUUGGGAAUGUUUCUGUUGCAAGCAGUCCAACUCGUCCCCGAGCGGGGAGCGUCGGGAACACUUGUACAAGAUCCUGGUGAUCGGAGAAUUGGGCACGGGCAAGACCUCCAUCAUCAAGCGCUACGUUCACCAGUUCUUCAGUCAACACUACAGGGCCACCAUCGGCGUGGACUUUGCGCUUAAAGUGCUCAAUUGGGACGCGAACACAAUCAUCCGGUUGCAGCUAUGGGAUAUCGCUGGCCAGGAGCGUUUCGGAAACAUGACCCGAGUGUACUACAAAGAAGCAGUGGGCGCGUUCAUAGUGUUCGACGUGUCGAGGGCAGCGACCUUCGAAGCUGUGGUUAAAUGGAAGAACGACUUAGACACGAAGGUCCAGCUGCCCGACGGGUCACCCAUACCGUGCAUACUGUUGGCUAAUAAGUGCGACCAACAGAAGGAGGGUAUAGUCAACUCGCCCGCAAAAAUGGACGAGUAUUGCCGCGAGAAGGGAUUCGCCGGCUGGUUCGAGACCUCCGCUAAGGAGAACAUUAACAUCGAGGAGGCGGCCCGGUCACUCGUCAACAAGAUUCUACUGAACGACAAACUUCUUCAAAGCGCGGACGGUAAGGACGCAGAUCGCAUAGCGCUGGAACACAAGAUGCUCAACGGAGAGAACUCGCGCGCAGCAAACAACAAAUCGUGUGCCUGCUGACAUUCCCACCACCCGAGCUAAACGCUGCUGCUAUUGGUUAAUUUAUAAACCAAUAAAGUUAUAACCAAUCCUCAAUAAGCGUGCGACCUGCUCCAGUAACUUUCUACGUUUUCCGGAUAUGACCGGUUUUCUCCGGAAUUUUACCGAUUACAAGAUUAUUGCUGCCGGAUUUUUAGUUUAUUUGGCAAAUAUAAUAAAAAGGAAUCGACUUUCGUUAUAUUAUUAUGAAGACGGUAAGGAAUCUGACCUCAUCUCGUCAACGGGGAGAACGCUAACUCAUCAUCAUCAUCAUCAACAGCCUAUCUUAGUCCACUGCUGGACAUAGGCCUCUCCAAAUGCACACCACUCAAAUCGAUCUUGGGCUACUCGCAUCCAGCUCCUGCCAGCUACCUUGCGCAAAUCGUCACUCCAUCGUGCCUGAGGUACGUCCUAUACUUCGUUUGCCUAGACUCUAAUUAAUUGUGUUAAAUUUAACGUUAAGACUCUUGAGUAGGAUAUCAACUAAUUAUUAUGAUAUGCAACACUACAGGACUAUUUAUUAUCCGGAAUUUAUUCGGAUAUUUAUUUAGAAUUAAUAUUUAAUUUGUUAUUAAUCAUGAUGCCCU